GUGUAUCAGCAGCAGUCACUCGCUCUGACAGAGUUCAGUCCGGUCAGAAGAAGAAAAAAAUCAAAGAGAAAGAGGAAGUGCUGCUCAAACUGGAGACUCUGGAGAAGAAGGAGGAGCGGGACGCUCAUGAAUGUGUAGAGACGGACUACGUCAUGUCGUACUUUGAUAACGGAGAAGAGUUUGGAGGCGACAGUGACGACAACAUGGACGAGGCUAUUUACUGA